GGCAGCAGGCAGGACCGGCGAUGGAGAUGGAGGAGAAGGAGCAGCUGCGGCAGCAGAUCCGGCUUCUGCAGGGACUCAUCGACGACUACAAAAAUGUCCACGGGAACUCCCGGGCCCAGCCGGCGGCCGCAGCCGGGCCGCGGUGGCCGCUGCCCGCCUACCGCGGCCGCGGGACCUUCGGCGUCGGCUAUCCCCGGCCGGUCCGCGGGGAUUUCUUCCCACACCGGGGGCUGUCCUGGCGCAAAAAGUACUCCCUCGUGAACCGGCCUCCCGGCGCCGCGGAGCAGCCCGAGGGCAGGGCGCCCCCAAGCCAGGACCGCCCGGGCCCGUCCCCGCCCGACCCGCCGAGGCGGGUCCGGCUGGGACCGGACCAGAACGUGGUAGUCGGGAUCGAGGCGCCUUCGGAUCCUGGCUCGGCGGGGGGGUCCCGGACCCACCGGGAUGUUCCCCGGAGUGACCCGGGGCUGCAGAAGAAGGAGGGAGGAGCUGGGGCCUCCAACGGCGAGGAGGAUGCCGACCUGGUCUGUCGGAAGGAGCGGGGCGAUCGCCGCGUCGGGAACUCUGCGGGCAGCGGGCCCGGCGGCCCCGGCGAGCCCCGUCGGACCGUGAGCGAAAAUGCCCGUGGGUUAACGGGCCAGGCGCCCCCAGCCCGGCCCCGGUCUAGCGAGGGGGCAGCUGGAGGGAAAGCCGGACCCCCCGUCCCCGAUGCCUUACGUUUACAGCGGCUCAGGCCCGGGAGGGAGCCGCCCCUGCGGAAUUCCCUGGCCCAGGCCCCUCUGGACGUCAGCGGACCCGGCAGACGAGCCCCGGCCACCAGAACGGCGAGAGAGCCCUCCCUGCCGGGGCCCUGCAGGACUCCUAAAUUCAAGAAGACGAACUACACGUGGGUCGCCAGCACCGUGAAGGCCCCGAGGGGCCCCCCGAGGCGAUCCCUCAGCCCCAGGGCCGCUGCCGAGGCGGCCCGGAGGGCGCCGUCGACCGGGGCGGCCGACGGGCCGAUAAAACCCCAGCCGAAGGCCGACCCGGCGGUCAGGCCGAGGAAGCCGGCCGCGCCGUCCAAGCCCGGGGGCCCUUCCAGCAAGUACAGGUGGAAGGCCGCUGGUCCGACCCCCGCCACGGCCGCCGCCUUCCAGUGGCGGGCGGAGGCCCCCGGGAGGUCCGAUGCUCCCCCGGCCUCGCCGGACCGUGCGGAUCUUCCCGCCCCAAGCCAGGCCUCCGGGGGACCCAGUGGAUGGAAGCCCGCUUUUGGAGAAACCGCGCUCUCGGCUUACAAGGUCAAAAGCCGCACCAAGAUCAUCAAGAGGCGAGGGAGCGUGAGCCUCCCAGGUGAUAAGAAGAGCAGCCUCUUGCCCCCUGCCACUCCCAAGAGCCACUACAGUCUCCGGCGGAAGCACGGCGCCCGGGCGAAAUCCAGCCCUGUGCUGAAGAAGAACCCCAACAGGGGACUGGUGCAGGUCACCAAACACAGGCUGCGCCGGCUGCCGGCCGCCCGGGCCCACACGCCUGGGAAGGAAGGGUCCAGCAUACACACCUUCCGGAGCCCCCUGGGCGGCAAAGUGAUCAAGACCCGAUACCGGAUCGUGAAGAAGAACGUGGCGUCCUCGGCCCACCAGGAGUCUUUUGGUGCGCCCAGCCCCUCCUGGAGGACCAGGCGCCUCUCUAGCCCCAGGUCUCUGGUGUUAAACCAAAUCCGGCACUCUCCCUUCGGGGGGAAAUCUCAACAGGCCCAGCAGAGAUGGAGGAGCAGAGGCUACCGCUGCAUAGGAGGCAUAAUGUACAGGGUGUCUGCCAACAAACUCUCCAAAACCUAUAGCAUCCCACUGAAGGCCAGCGAUGGGAGCACCAGAUACCUCAGCAGAACAGGAAAGCUGGACAGCCCCAGCAGCAGCAGCAGCCCCGGCCAAUCUCCCAGCUGUUCGGGCCGAGCAGCCACCAGCCGCUCCAUCGCCAGCCGGGCCGUCCAGCGCAGCCUGGCCAUCAUCCGCCAGGCCAGGCAGAGGAAAGAGAAGAAAAAGGACUACUGCAUGUACUACAACCGAUUUGGGAGAUGCAACCGCGGCCUCAGCUGCCCGUACAUCCACGACCCCGACAAGGUGGCCGUGUGUACCAGGUUUUUGCGGGGAACAUGCAAGAAGACUGACGGGUCGUGCCCAUUUUCCCACAAAGUUUCCAAAGAUAAGAUGCCGGUGUGUUCCUACUUCCUGAAAGGCAUCUGCAGCAACAGCAACUGUCCUUACAGCCAUGUCUAUGUGUCCAGGAAGGCUGAAGUCUGCCAGGAUUUCCUCAAAGGUUACUGCCCCAUGGGAGAGAAGUGCAAGAAGAAGCACACCCUGUUGUGUCCAGACUUUGCCAAGAAGGGCAGCUGCCCAAGAGGUGGCAAAUGCAAGCUCCUGCACCGCCAGAGGAAGCGCCAGAGCCAGCAGUCCAGCCCCACGGACCCCCUGGACCCAAGCGUCUCGCCAGCCCCGUGGAGGAGAGGCGAGAGCGACGGAGCAGAGAGGCAACCAGCUCCUCCAUGCUGUGCCCAGGACCCCCCGGGACCCUCCUCCCCGGACAAGAAAGAGCCGUCUCAGACUGACUCGGAAGGCCCGGGCUCCAGCACCCUCCAGAAGCUGCCAUCUUUCAUCUCCCUCCAGUCCCCGGUCAACUCUCGGGGCAGGGCCCCCAUCAGAGCCAAAGGAGAGCAGAUGGGAGAGGACACAGGGAAACCCCUGCAGAUCAAGCCGAGGCUGUGAGGUGCCCUCCGGCCCUCCUUUCGCCCUCCAGUGGCCACGACGCCCCCUCAGGAACCCACCUCCGGAGCCCCCGUCGGAACAGGCCUGCUACCUACCUCAGCCACCCACUCUCCACACUGGACCUCUGGGGCUCUCCCCCCUCGAGCCAGCGCCAGACCUUAACUGCCCCCCUCCCAGGCCCCCCGGGCCCCACCAUCCCCGGGCGUAGCCAGUCUAAGCACGUAGUUUCACCUUUCUGAACAAACUAAACUUUUCAUCUUUCAUCUCGUCAAUCCCAGGUCUCUGCCUCCUGGUCACCCUCCCUCCACCCCCAGGUCCCGUCUCCCCGCCCCAACCGCCUGACACAAGUUCCAAGAGGCCGGGCUCUUCGACUGACGCCCCCGGCCAGAUUUCCUUGAGACGGGGAGGAAAGGGGGAGGAAACUCCACCGUUGGUCCAGGAGAAUGUCCUCAGCUGCCCCAGGCAGGGUCUGGUGUCUGUGCCCUCCCCCUCCCUGCCCGUCCCUACUGCCUUCCCUCCCCCUUCCCAGACGGGGCAGCCAGAGGACAACGGUCCAUGCUGGGUCUGUGCUCGGCCUCUGCCCGGUCCCCGGAGGGAGGGACGGGGGAUGGUGUCCAGAAGGGAAAGCCUGGGGACUGCAGGCCUUGAGCUCCUCUGCGAGAAGGUCUGCAGGAAUCUCAGCGCCUAUUCCAGCAGGGGAUGGGCUCAGGGAGGGAGAGGGGAGAGAAGGGAGGGAGGAUUCUGCCAGUUCCCCUCCUCCCGCCCAAAACCUGCGGUUUCCUUAAAGCCAGAGGGAAUCUGAAAUCUGGGAUUUGUGCUGUGAAUUUGGACAGUUCCGAGCUAGUGACCAGCAAUGGCUUUUCACAGGAGUUUUCUGACAGUCCGUUCACCCGCCCUGCCUCCGGGAAAUAUCGUAUAGGUCACCGCCGGCCUCAGCUCCUCCGAGCUCAGGCCAGGCUCCAGCUCAAGCACUGCCCCCCAACUCGCCCCCUGUUUGUAGCCUGUUUUCUAGCCUCUACUCCCUUUCCCCGGGCUCCUCCAGAUUUCUUCUCUGAGCCGUGAUCUCACUGCCCCCCCAUCCUCACCCCCCGCCCUUUGCUCCUAUCUUCCUCCCUCCCUUCCACACCCACACCUUGUCUCCCUUCAUCCUUGGGGCCUAGGCCACCCACCCAGGUCACAUUGAUGAUGGUGCUAUGGAGAGAGAGGGGCUUCCAAGAGCUCCAGAACUCCCCCCACCCAGGUCUCUCCUACCCCUCCCCACCACCCCUACCCCUCUAGAUCUUCUCCAGUGAUUUUGGUAUUUUAAAAUGAGCAAUAAAGUUACCCUCUGACUCAAC